UUCAACGCUGUCCUUUCCGUUUGCGACUUUUAGCCUGUUCGGAACACGACAAAACCCAACCCACCACGUACCUAUCUGCAACAAAGACAAGCAGAUCAAAAAGCAGUCUGCAUAAUAACUGCCUGCCAAAAAGUACCUGCCUACCUCCUUGCCAGGCCCCGGUAGCUUUUGGCCUUAAUUCGAACAGCGGACACGAGGACAGAAAAAAGAGAGGUAGAUUUUGCCUGCCGUGCAGUGCACCGCCGAGCCGAGUAAGCUUGGAUCAAACGACCUAGGGUCCCUGACUUGAAAACACGAGGGAAUUGCCGAAGCCUCGCCCGGCGCGAGCUUUUCGUGGCUCAGCAAAAUCCCACCCACAUCCAUCGCACCAACACUCUUCACAUUCGCAACAACGGACGACACGGCGAGGGGCUUUUUGUUUUUUCCUCCGUAUUUUUCUCGCGACCAAACGGCGCGCGACGCGGAUAACCCGGUUCUAUUUUUCUCUCACUCGACAUUGAGAAUCCAGUACUGUGUUUUCUUGGGUUUACCGGGAAGCCAACUAUUACCUUGUUGAACUACGCAAACGAAAUCGCAGAGGCGGGCCACGGACACAUUCGUUGCGGUCCUUGAGAAGACGACAGCGACACGAUACUAUCCACCAAGCAGCAGCUCCAGAACUUUUACCGCCAGCCAGAGGGACAAACCACACACCAAGGCGAAAUAAUACCGAAUCCGGCGGCGCAUCGUGCCGUCGCACCCUCCCCCUAUCUACUUGGACAAGAUGAUGCUCGAAGAGAAAUAUAUCGGGCUGGCGCUGGCGAUAACAUCCAGUUUAGCCAUCGGUGUCAGUUUUGUUAUAACUAAAAAGGGUCUGCAACAAGCAGAAGAAAGACUUGGCUUCGAGGGCGAUGGCUAUGUCUACCUCAAAAACCCACUUUGGUGGGCUGGCAUAGGAACUUUGGUUCUCGGUGAGAUAUGCAACUUUGCUGCAUACGCUUUCGCACCAGCUAUUCUCGUCACACCAUUAGGAGCCCUCUCGGUCCUCAUUGGCGCAAUCCUCGGCUCGUACUUCCUCAACGAACUACUGGGUAUACUCGGGAAGCUCGGUAGCGCGAUAUGUCUGAUAGGCGCCGUCAUCAUCGUGCUCCACGCGCCACCAGACAAGGAGAUCAGCACCAUCGACGAGAUUCUGAACUACGCCAUCCAGCCAGGCUUCUUGCUCUAUGUUUUCUUCGUGACUGUAUAUGCUACCUUUAUGAUCUACUGGGUGGCGCCUAAGCACGGCAAGAAGAACCCGCUCAUCUACUUGUCCAUCUGUUCGCUGGUCGGCUCAGUCUCAGUCAUGUCAGUCAAGGCCUUCGGCAUUGCGCUGAAGCUGACCUUUGCCGGAAACAACCAAUUCUCUCACCCAUCGACCUAUGUGUUCAUGAUCAUUACCGUCGUGUGUAUCUUGAUUCAGAUGAACUACUUCAACAAGGCACUAAGCCAGUUCCCGACCAACAUUGUCAACCCACUGUAUUACGUAACAUUCACCACUGCAACCUUGUGCGCAUCUUUCAUCCUCUUCAGCGGCUUUAACACGACGGAUCCGGUUGGCACGCUUUCGCUUCUCUGCGGCUUCCUUGUGACGUUCACAGGUGUCUACCUCCUCAACCUAUCGCGCACCGACCCAUCAGGGAUGCGUUUGGCCAACGGGCAACGCGGCGACGACGCGACGGGCACCGACAUGGUUUCAUCGAUCCAGACCCGUCUCAGCAUGGAGGCUCGCCGUAGCCUGAGCCAUCGUCGCAUGAGCGCGGGCAGCGGCACGCACGCCGCCGACAGGCAAGGCCUCAUGCGGGCCUACGACGAAGAGGAGGCGGCCGGCUUGAGUCUCGGAGAUCUUGCAGACGACAGCGACGAAGGCAGCGGCAGUGGUAGCGCAAGCAAUGGCAAGAAGAUGAACGGGAAUGGCGAACCCAAACGGUACGACGCCUCAAUAGAGCUCCAAACGAGGAGGCAGCCGGAGAGGUAACAGUGGAAUUUCCACUAGGAUGUCUUUCUUCUUGUCUUUUGGUCCACGGGUGGUUUGGUUGAAGUACGCACCCGCUGCACCAGGAGUGUACUCCAUCAAGCGUUUUUUGUUGACGCGCGCUGUUUCUUAUCUUUUUGCAACUAGACCAUCAUAUUUGUCUUAUUAUAUGCAUGAAGCCCGUCUAUACUUUUUUUGCGUUGAUGUAUGAGCUUGGGAUUCGUUCGUGAAGCUCUGCACAAAGAAAGGAGUUGCUAGAUGGAAAGCAAGAAGAGCGAGCUAUUGGUUCUUUUUUUCUUUCUCUUUCUCUUUCUUUUUUCAAAGAUUCCGCCAAGGAAUCGAGCAAGGCAUUUCUCGUUGGAACGGUUUCUUUAAUCUGCUUUUUCUUUGCCGCUCUUGUGUAAUUUCUUUUUCAUUCUCUUUUUUCUCCCCUCUAUCUGGCCCUGGUUUGUAUUCGCCGCACAUCCAUUCUGCGAAGGAGUUGUUAUGCAUGAGAUCAUUUUUGUUGCCAACGAAAAAGGGAGUGGCGUGUACAAAGGGGAAUCAUUUUCGGCGUUUUCAUCUCUUGGUGGGGUUUUCGUCUUUUUUUUCAUCCAACUGGAUUUUGGACGUGUCUGGUGGCUACCUAUUUUUCAACUUAAUUGUCUUGGGUUCUUUUUUCAUGUCUUUUUCUCCCUCAUUGGCAUGGUUCCAUGAUUCAUUGCGUGUCGUUACCGCCUGCACUACAGUCAUCGCGAGAAAGCAUUUAAGCGGGAAUCAGACGGGUCACACGGGGGAGUGGGUGGGCUAUAUGUAUGAUAUUGUCUAUUCUAUCUGGAGAAAAUUGAGAUUCAUGAGAUGUCA